AUGCAGCCCCAGUGUCUACCUCAGAGGGCUCAGUACUCAGUGUUCAAGAAACGACCGUGGGACUCGACCGUGAGCGUUCAAUUUGCUCCCCCCGGAGCUAAGGUCAUAGCGCCAGCAAACAACGAGGGUAAUGUGAGAAUGAACGGCAUGUACUGCGCCACUGAUGCUACCACCCCAAGCCAAACACACAAGAGAUUGAGUUACUAAACUAAGCUAGAGGGGCGCAAUUCUAUUUUGAUGUUUUCAGAUUGUCAGUUCAGGAAAUGAAUCGACAUUCAGGAAAAAGUUCUAAGGAAAAAAUGAGUUAUUGAAUUAUUACAAUACAAGUUCAUUGAAAUAUUAAUUCUUUAUAUUGACUGGAUUAAAAUGGAAUUUAGCUCAAUUACAGCAUAAUACCAUUAUGGUUUUACCCAAGUCUCUUAUUGAGCCGAACACACUCAGACAUGCAUUCAUGAGCUUUUAGUAGGAUUAGUGUACGGAAGCCUGGUGUGACCCCUCACUUAUGUUUCUGUGUACUUUAUUAUUUAUUAUAUAUAUAUAUAUAUUUUUUUACAAUUUAGAUUCACUGUGUUUACAACAAGCAUCCAUAACUCCUCUACGGCACUAAAUGGUGGCAACAAAAGCAUUAAUAUUACCUAUAUUUGACUUCGGCAUCUUAUGGCGAAUGUCAGAUCGAAUUUGCAAGAUCAAAUUUAGCAUGUUCGAUGAUGUGCUUUUGGGUCUUAAAAUGACUUUUAUUGCAUGUAUCCUCUAUGUAGCUGUUGUGUCAUGUUUGUUUGGCGCUAAUGGCUGUGGAAUGAAUGCUAGUGUAGUGUAAAUGUAAAUCGUUACCAGUGAAAUAUUUUGUUCCAUUUGUUUUACUUAUUAUUUACUUCCCAUUUAAGUAAAAUACAAAAAAGUGUUUUAGUGUUUCUUAGAUCGGAGAGUGAACAGUAGCGAUAAACCAUUGAAGGAAGAUGUGUUAGAAUUGUUAUUUUUCCAAGAUGUUGAAGUAUGUGCAUCUUGAUAUUAGUCCGUCACUAAUACUGUUCCCUUUUGUUUCCUUUCAGCCGAGAACUGUCGCAGGGUUUCGAGGAACUGUCCGAUAUGCCUCAGUCAACGCACAUAAAAACAAAGUAAACAACAAUGUUCAUGUUGUCAAAAUGAUAUGCUGGAAAAUGUAUUCUGCCAAAUCUGCUCUUUGAAAUAAACGUAUAACUUGUUUAUUGUGUUGUUGUACUGUCAAAUGGUGGCGGGCAAUCAUAGAAUAAGGAAUUACAAUACAUACCCCAUCUAGUAAUUUAAUAGGACCUCUAUGGGGGCAACCGUAGGUUUGGCACUAUUAAGGGUAUACUGUACUAAUUGAAACGAAAUAGCAUGGAGGACGAUAUCAUUCAUAAUCUAAAUUUUUAUUUUUUCUCUCCCCAGGAAAUGGGCCGCCAUGAUGACCUUUGGUCUUUAUUUUACAUGUUGGUGGAAUUUGCAGUUGGACAGCUACCAUGGCGGAAAAUCAAGGACAAGGUAGAGUCACUUCGCUCGUCCACGACAGACCAACUGUAUUUCUAGCAAAUCGUUAAAGUCAAAUAAUCAAAUAAUACGCAAGCUGAACAAAAAACUAGCCUUUUCUUUCAACUCUUGACAAUGUUAGUAACAAUUAAACAUUUAAUUUAGUAGGUAUUUCAUUUUUAAUAUGAGUAGCGCCUCGGAAUCAGAUAGAAAUAAAUGCAUGUGGCAUAUCAUUUGGUACGCCUCUCGAUUCUUUGUAUGAAAUUGUGCAAAAAUAUCACAGUGUGUGUUGGCUCCGUCGAAGUGGCAUAUAGGAUGGUCUAAUUUGCCCCUACACCCUUGAUCAUUUUCACUCCAUCAGCUUUCGGACACUUGUGCAUAUGGGCAAUGGGCAAAUGGAAGAGGAAGGGACUGGUUUGGUUUCAGCCACUGAAUUACAAUGAAAUAAAGUAAAACAAAUAUACAAUGUUUUAUUCUGUUUUGCGCAGGAGCAAGUUGGGCAGAUAAAAGAGCGAUAUGACCAUAGGAUGCUGCUGAAACACAUGCCUUCAGAGUUCCAUAUCUUCCUCGACCAUGUAUUGGGCCUUGACUACUACACCAAGCCGGAUUAUCAGGUACUUUCACAGUAUAGAGAAUAAGGAAAGUACUUUGAAAGUGUUUUGAAAUAAUCCCACAAACGUCUAUUUUUUGACUGGCCACCAUCUCACUAUUGCGGGGAUUUUUUUGUAUGCUCAUAGAAACUGAUAUGUUGACUUCAUCAAUGCUUCCUAGUUCUCCCUAUGCUAUUUCCAAUAACAUUUUAGUCAUUUAGCAGACGCUCUUAUCCAGAGCGACUUACAGUUACUGAGUGCAUACAUUUGUUUUCAUACUGGCCCCCCGUGGGAAUCGAACCCACAACCCUGGCGUUGCAAACGCCAUGCUCUACCAACUGAGCUACACGGGAAUAACAAAAUUGCAUCUAAAAUGACACCUUAUUUCUUAUAUACUGCACUUCUUUGACCAGAGAGGAAAUAGGGUGCCAGUUGGACGCAACCAGAGUCUAAUUUGGAGUUGUUUUCUAUCUGCUGGUCUGGUCAAGGGAAUAGGGUGUAUUUAAGGAUUAGGGUGCCAUUUGGGAUGAAACCUAAGUCUGAUUUCCUUUAUUUCCCAGCUGCUGAUGUCGGUGUUUGAGAACAGCAUGAAGGAGCGCAUCAUUACAGAAAAUGAGCCGUUUGAUUGGGAGAAAGGAGGGACAGACUCCACACAGUCAACCAGCGCCUCCACCAAACCACAGCACAACACACGGCCCACCGUCGCCAUGGUGGGGUAAGGAGCCUGAUAUAUUUACCAUUAGCAUUAAAAGGAGAGUCCACAAUAUUACAUGAUCAUACACUGCAGGGCGACUUUAUGCUUGCAAUUUAUUUAACACUAGAACCGCUGGGCCUCGAGGGAACCCCCUUCAAGCUAAUGAGCAGUCAUUCUGACUGCAACACUCUAACAGUGAAAUUAAUACAUUUCAUAUACAGUGGGGGAAAAAAGUAUUUUGUCAGCCACCAAUUGUGCAAGUUCUCCCACUUAAAAAGAAAAUCACAUUGUAGGAUUUUUUAUGAAUUUAUAUGCAAAUUAUGGUGGAAAAAAAGUAUUUGGUCAAUAACAAAAGUUUCUCAAUACUUUGUUAUAUACCCUUUGUUGGCAAUGACACAGGUCAAACGUUUUCUGUAAGUCUUCACAAGGUUUUCACACACUGUUGCUGGUAUUUUGGCCCAUUCCUCCAUGCAGAUCUCCUCUAGAGCAGUGAUGUUUUGGGGCUGUCGCUGGGCAACACAGACUUUCAACUCCCUCCAAAGAUUUUCUAUGGGGUUGAGAUCUGGAGACUGGCUAGGCCACUCCAGGACCUUGAAAUGCUUCUUACGAAGCUACUCUUUCGUUGCCCGGGCGGUGUGUUUGGAAUCAUUGUCAUGCUGAAAGACCCAGCCACGUUUCAUCUUCAAUGCCCUUGCUGAUGGAAGUUUUCACUCAAACUCUCACGAUACAUGGCCCCAUUCAUUCUUUCCUUUACACGGAUAAGUCGUCCUGGUCCCUUUGCAGAAAAACAGCCCCAAAGCAUGAUGUUUCCACCCCCAUGCUUCACAGUAGGUAUGGUGUUCUUUGGAUGCAACUCAGCAUUCUUUGUCCUCCAAACACGACGAGUUGAGUUUUGACCAAAAAGUUCUAUUUUGGUUUCAUCUGACCAUAUGACAUUCUCCCAAUCCUCUUCUGGAUCAUCCAAAUGCACUCUAGCAAACUUCAGACGGGCCUGGACAUGUACUGGCUUAAGCAGGGGGACACGUCUGGCACUGCAGGAUUUGAGUCCCUGGCGGCGUAGUGUGUUACUGAUGGUAGGCUUUGUUACUUUGGUCCCAGCUCUCUGCAGGUCAUUCACUAGGUCCCCCGUGUGGUUCUGGGAUUUUUGCUCACCGUUCUUGUGAUCAUUUUGACCCCACGGGGUGAGAUCUUGCGUGGAGCCCCAGAUCGAGGGAGAUUAUCAGUGGUCUUGUAUGUCUUCCAUUUCCUAAUAAUUGCUCCCACAGUUGAUUUCUUCAAACCAAGCUGCUUACCUAUUGCAGAUUCAGUCUUCCCAGCCUGGUGCAGGUCUACAAUUUUGUUUCUGGUGUCCUUUGACAGCUCUUUGGUCUUGGCCAUAGUGGAGUUUGGAGUCUGACUGUUUGAGGUUGUGGACAGGUGUAUUUUAUACUGAUAACAAGUUCAAACAGGUGCCAUUAAUACAGGUUAUGAGUGGAGGACAGAGGAGCCUCUUAAAGAAGAAGUUACAGGUCUGUGAGAGCCAGAAAUCUUGCUUGUUUGUAGGUGACCAAAUACUUAUUUUCCACCAUAAUUUGCAAAUAAAUUCAUAAAAAAUCCUACAAUGUGAUUUUCUGGAUUUUUUUUUCUCAUUUUGUCUGUCAUAGUUGACGUGUACCUAUGAUGAAAAUUACAGGCCUCUCUCAUCUUUUUAAGUGGGAGAACUUGCACAAUUGGUGGCUGACUAAAUACUUUUUUUCCCCACUGUAUGAUAUCGCAAAAAUUAUAAUUUGGUUGUGUUUAUCAAAAUAAAUAAAUAAAUCUAAUAACACAAUAGCUUUUUCAUAAGUUUUGGUCAGCAAGACACGGUCAAAUGAUGAAAACAUCAGUAGCCUAAACAUCAUUAUUGUCACGAUCGUUGAGAGACGGGUCAGACCAAGGUGCAGCGUGGUAUGCGAACAUGUUUAUUAAACUCAAUAAACAUAAAAACAAACCAACGUAACGUGAAGUCCAAGGCUAUACACAAUACAAGCCUAACACAGGAACAAGAUCCCACAAACAUAGUAGGCAACUGGGCUACCUAAGUAUGAUCCCCAAUCAGAGACAACGAGCGACAGUUGUCUCUGAUUGGGAAUCACACCCGGCCAAACAUAGAAAUACAAUACCUAGAAUGUAAACAUAGAAAUAAUAACAUAGAACUUCCACACCCUGACUCAACUAACAAGAGUUCUAUACGUCAGGGCGUGACAGUACCCCCCCCCCCCAAAAGGUGCAGACUCCGACCGCACAAACCUGACAUAACAGGGUAGGGUCCGGGUGGGCAUUCUGCCUCGGAGGCGGAUCCGGCUCCGGGCAUGACGACCUCUUCCUCUCAGCCUCCCCAUUGUGCCCCUGGUCUGGUCUGGACCUCGGCGCGAUGCUUCCCCUCUCCUUCCUCCCACGAUGCACCAAGCCCUGUCUGGACCCUGGUGCGGGAGACCCCGAACCUGGAGAGGGGCUGACGUCUGGGUCUGGACUGGAGCCGCUGACCGGAGCUGAACUUGACCCCGGUGGAGCGGACUGUUCUGGCUCCGGAGUGGAACCGCUGACCGGAGCUGGACUAGAAACCGGUGGAGCGGACUACUCUGGUUCCGGAAUGGAUCCGCUGACCGGGGCUGGAUUGGGCACCGGUGGAGCGGACUGCUCUGGCUCCGGAGUGGAGCAGCUGACCGGUGCUGCACCGGUGGAACGGGCACGGGCCGUGCCGGACUGGGAACACGCACCACUGGCUUGGUGCGAGGAGCAGGCACGGGCCGGGCCGGACUGGGAACACGCACCACUGGUCUGGUGCAAGGAGCAGGCACGGGCCGGGCCGGACUGGGAACACGCACCACUGGCUUGGUGCGGGGAGCAGGUACGGGGCGUACCGGGCUGGCGACAUGCACCACUGGUUUGGUGCGAGGAGCAGGGACGGGCCGUACUGGACUGGGAACGCGCACCACUGGUUUGGUGCGAGGAGCAGGGACGGGCCGUACUGGACUGGGAACGCGCACCACUGGUUUGGUGCGGGGAGCAGGUACGGGGCGUACCGGGCUGGCGACACGCACCACUGGUUUGGUGCGAGGAGCAGGGACGGGCCGUACUGGACUGGGAACACGCACCACUGGCUUGGUGCGGGGAGCAGGUACGGGGCGUACCGGGCUGGCGACAAGCACCACUGGUUUGGUGCGAGGAGCAGGAACGGGCCGUACUGGACUGGGAACACGCACCACUGGCUUGGUGCGUGGAGCAGGAACGGGCCUGGGCCGGACUGGGAACACGCACCACUGGCUUGGUGCGGGGAGCAGGUACGGGGCGUACCGGACUGGAUACACACACAACUGGUUUGGUGCAGGGAGCAGGCACGGGCCGUACCGGACUGGGAACACGCACCACUGGCUUGGUGCGAGGAGCAGGCACGAGGCGUACUGGACUGGGAACCGGCGCUGGAGGUCUACGACUGUACCAGUCCUUUACUCUCCGCGCCCAGUCCUCCUCCAGUGAGGACUCCUCCCUGAGCCCCCACGAGUGCAGUGGUCGGGGCUCUUCUCUAUCGAUUCCCGCCACCCUUUUAGCCCCCCCCCCCAAAAAAAAAAUGUGGGGGGCUGUCUCGCGGGCUUCCUCCUCGGCCGAUGCCUUCUGUGUUCCUCUCCUGCCUGGGCCUCCUCCUUCGCCCAGGGUCCUUUUCCUGCCAAAAUCUCCUCCCAUGUCCAAAAACUCUUCCCCACCUGUGUCCAGGGUGUCUGCUGCUCCUGGGCACGCUGCUUGGUCCGUUUUUGGUGGGAUCUUCUGUCACGAUCGUUGAGAGACGGGUCAGACCAAGGUGCAGCGUGGUAUGCGAACAUGUUUAUUAAACUCAAUAAACAUAAAAACAAACCAACGUAACGUGAAGUCCAAGGCUAUACACAAUACAAGCCUAACACAGGAACAAGAUCCCACAAACAUAGUAGGCAACUGGGCUACCUAAGUAUGAUCCCCAAUCAGAGACAACGAGCGACAGCUGUCUCUGAUUGGGAAUCACACCCGGCCAAACAUAGAAAUACAAUACCUAGAAUGUAAAUAUAUAAAUAAUAACAUAGAACUUCCACACCCUGACUCAACUAACGAGAGUUCUAUACGUCAGGGCGUGACAAUUAUAAACACCAAGUGUACUUGAUAAAUAGUGAAAAUCUGCACAAAAGUAAUAAUGGCAUUGUAAUGAACAUAAGUGUCGAUAUGACAGCAGUAAGAAAUUGUCAAUUACCAAUAUGUCAGAUACCAUGGCGAAUUUGUUUCCAGGCAUCGCAUUCUAGUUUCUUUAUCAUCAAAACGGAUGUAACGCAUGAUUUCUCUGAAGCAAUUCCAUGGGGCGUAAACAUGGGUGGGCCUGGGUGGACACAGGCCCACCCACUGGGGUGCCAGGCCCUGCCAAGCCCACCUAAUCAGAUUGAGCAAAAACAAAAAGGAGUAUUAUAAAAAAAAAUACUCCUCAGCACCCACCCCUGCCCAUCCAAAUUUCAGCAGGCCCACCCACCAGCGAAUUUCUGGCUACCCCACCAUCUGAGUCAUUUUCAUUCAGAUCUAGUAGCAGUGCUUACGCAGCAUGUGCAUCCAUUCGUCUUAGUCUUCUUGCCAUUGUAAAUUACGCACGCUCUCACUGUGUACUCCAAGUAGGCCAGAGUAGACUGAUGAGACUGCUUGGAUUUGGUGGACUGAUAUAGGGUACAUACCAUUUUCAGAUUAUAAUUAGAAUAUACCAUUACAAUAGAAUGGCCCGCCCUGUUCUUCAUUCACAAUUGGUAAUUACAUAAUUAUGCAUAGUUCACUUCCCUUCACUCAUCAACUCACCCAUUCUCCCCCUUUCUCCCUAUCAUAAUUUACCUAAUUUAUUUAAUCUGAUGGUAUAAGUGUGAAAUUAGUUUUGGUAUAGUUUAGGUUCAAUUUCGAGACAGUUAUCGGGGUGAUUAUCAACUGGGCACGCCACCUUCCACUGUCGGGAGAAGGAGGGGCAACAGGGAAAACCAUUCAAAAAAUAUGAUGCCCUCGUAAAACGGGUUAUAACUCCAGUUCUGUUUGUGAUAUUAACAUUCUAACAACGGCAGUGUGUUAUAUAGACUUAUUUAGGACAAGUGAAGGACGGAGGGGGGCAUGGCUUUAAAAAUGGCAGCGUAAUAAAAAAAGUAUAUUAAUCAGCAGUCAAAAUUACUGCUUUAGCAGUUCUAGUGUUAACAGGGACAGUGCCCAUUAAUCAACAUUUCAGUGUUCACAUCAAUGUAAAUGUGCCAGCUGAAUUGCCCUCCCUUGAGGCGUGCCCAUGUGAAUCUGCCAAUAGAGGCAGUCUUGGCAGAUUCACAUUUUGUAGUUGUUGAUUUUUGUAAGCAGAACAUUUCCCCAUUGUGUAUGAAGAUGUCAUAUUUCUGCGUCUUCCUUUAAUCCUAGAGUCUUUUUCACCAGUUGGCUGUCUUUGACCCUUGACAUUUACAGUAUCAAUACACAAGGGAUUGGUACAAUAUAUUAGAUCCUGAAUGUUCCACAACGUUAUAAAAUAGGGUGCAGUCACAGUGCUCUAUUUUUAAUCUCAGUCUUUUAUACAUCUUUCGUGGGAGCUAUUGUUUGACUCACUCACCCAAAUGUAUCCUUUUGAAGUUAUCUCUCGCUCGCUCUCUCUCUCUCUCUCUCUGAUGACUGUCUUGUUUGAAGCUCUUUACUGUUCAGCCCGCCUAGACACACACACACUUUCAGACACACACACACACACUACACACAGCUGCAUGACUUCCCUGCGAACACAACAUCCUUAUCUCUGGAGACAUCAUUAGUGCCCAUAGGCCUCUGGUCAAAAGUAGUGCACUAUGUAAGGAAUAGGGCAAAUGAACAGAGAGCGAUAACAGAUUUUGUGUCCAUCAGUAUUGCUGUCACACCUCGAGACUACUGCUACACUGCUACACUGCUCAUCCAAACCCUUUGAAAUGGAUGAUAUUGAAUUCUAAACUAGGCUGUAAAAGGCAUUUGAUAUACCAGUUUACAAUUAAUGUCUCACUGAAUAAAUAAAUAUGUAAAUAGAUGUUUACUGAACAUUGAGGGUUGCCUGUAAAAAGUGCAUUAAGUAAGUGCAUGCAUAAUUCAGGAAAUGCAAAGAAAAAAAAAAUAGGAGUAGGGCUGGAACAAAAACCUGCACGCCCAGUGGACAUAUAUUCACAUAUAGGUGUUAUAUACAUGUGUUAUAUACAUUUAUAUACAUUAUUACAUACAUUAUGUACAUCAUUGGGCCACCGCUGCUCUUAAUCAACUGAUUUAACCUGAACCCAUCCCCCCACUCCCACCCAUUUUCUCCCCCAGAGCCCUCAACACCCCGGUGCCCGGAGACCUCCAGAGGGAGAACACGGAGAACGUGCUACAGGACGAGCACCUCAGCGACCAGGAGAACGCCCCUCCGGCCCUGCCCCCUGGUGGGAGCCGCCAGGGGGGCGAGGGCGGAGGAGGUGGCGGUGGCCAGACACCCGCCAGGGGCGAGGGAUGGGAGGACACCGACUUCAACCGCAACAAACUCAGGAUCAGCCUGGGCAAGGUGGGUAGGGGGGAGGGGGAGGAAUGAGGGGAAGGAGAACACAACAUUUUACUGUAUGGCCUGGUCUCACCACAAUGGCCCGUAGAUGGAUGAAUGGCCUUGAUGUAGAUGUUGUUCUAGCGUAGCUUAUACUGUUUGUUGAUACAGUAUGUUUAGUAUGAAAAAUAUAGGCUGGUUGGCUGGGUAGAGGAUGAUAGACGGACAGACAGAUACACAGACAGAGAUAGACAUCCAGACAGACGAUGUGUACACUAGACAGAAGGCCUACCCUUUGAACUGGUGGUAAUAGACACACUUUAGAAUGAAUUACUGUCUCUCCUUUCCCGUCUCUUCCCCUCCUCUCCCCUCUGUGUCUGCAGGGGGCCCAGGAGGGGGAUGAACCCAGCAGAGGGGCCUGUCCCAUGUCUCCGUGCCGGGCAGGAGGGGCCCCCGAGUCCCCCAGUGGCCAGGUGCGCUCCCUCCGGUACCGCCGCAUCAACAGCCCCGAGUCAGACCGUAUGUCGGCCGCUGAUGCGAGGGGCAUCGACGGCUACUGCCAAAGGUGACCACUACAAACCAGCUAUAGUAUUAAUUACAGACCUGUACUAGCUUUUAGUAUAGUAGUAUUUAAGUAUAGUAGUUAACCAGAAAGUACAUUUGUACUAAAAUACAUUUAGUAUUGUACUUAGCUACAUUCAAGUCUCUUGGGCGUUCCAGGAAAGUCCCUUUGGUUAGGGUCUGUGAAACUGCUAUAAGCCUAUAUAUUGUAGCCCUCCACUUUAUAACAUGCUUCAAUGCUCAAUGUGUGUGUUCUUUUGUUUGUGUGUGUGUGCGUUCAUUUGUUCGUGCAUGCUUGUGUGUCUAUGUGCACUUGUACGUUCUCGUGCUUGUACCUGUGUGUGUGUGUGUAUGUGUACAUAUCUGUGUGCCACAGUAUCAGGUCCCGCAUGGACAUCCUGGGCUCGCCCUCGCGCCACCUGUACUCGUCCCAACCGGCCAUGAUGCUGUCUGUGGACGCCGGCCUGCAGCGCGGGCGGCACGGCGAGGGCUCGGUGGCGUCCGUGGACCAGGAAGCCCACAGUAACGCCUUUAUCAGAUCGGUGCCGCUGGCAGAGGAGGAAGACUUUGAUAGCAAGGAGUGGGUGAUCAUCGACAAGGAGACGGAGCUGAGGGACUUCCAGCCCACCACGUCGGGCACCACCGAUGAGGAGCCUGAGGAGCUGAGGCCCCUGGAGGAGGGAGAGGAGAGGAGGAGGCUUCGGGGAGGAGGUGUGCCUGGAGGUUUUAUGUACAUUCAAUGAUGUGCAAUUUCAGUCAGUUCAAUUCUGUUCUAUUCUAUUCAGUUCGACUUUGUUAAGUUCUAUUCAGUUCUGUUGUAUUCAGUUCUGUUCUAUUCUGUACAAGUUGUGUUGACGAUGCUGCUCAUCUCUCCUCUGACAUUAAAAUAUUGUUUGACGUUUGACUUAAACCGGCAAAAGCUUUUCACACUAUUGAGCAGAACCAAACCAUUUGUACUGAGCUGACCUGGUUAUGAAAAUGUAAUAUUCAAGCCAUCACAGUUUGGUUCGGGUUGGCAUGAUAGUGUGAAAAGGGUACUAGAUUCCUAACCAAUCCUUUGUUCUAGGGGCGGAGAUGGUGGUGCGGCCCAAGACGACCCACACGACCAACAGCAGCCGGGGCAUGCUCACGCUCACCGAGGAGGAAGCCUCCAGACGAAGUGGGGGAAGCCCCGCCAUGUCGCCCUGUCACUCACUCCCGUCGGGCCGUCCCAUUGGACCCCAAAGACCGGUAAGAGACCGGGCCGACCUAUCGGUGGAAGGAGGCUUCUCUCCUUGCAUGUUCAUGGGAGUCGGCUCAGAGCUGGGUCGCCUGCUGCACAGUGCAACUGAUCUUUAG